AUGGCCGAGCCCGAGCCCCCCGCGGCGGCGGCCCGGCGCUGGCGAGACGCCGCCCUGCGCGCCCGCAAGCUGCGGAGCAACCUGCGGCAGCUGAGCCUGGGCCCCCGCGAGGAGCCGGAGCCGGAGCCCGCCGGGCCGCCCGCGCUUGGCCGCCCGCCGCUGCCCGCCGGGCCGGGCGAGCCGGCGGCGCUGAGCCUGAGCGGGCGCGGCCUGGAGGAGCUGCCCGAGGGGCUGGGCGCGGCGCUGGGCGGCCUGCGCGUCCUCAGCCUGCGCAGGAACCGCCUCUCCCGGCUGCCCGCCGCGCUGCGCCACCUGGGCCGCCUGGCCGAGCUCGACCUCAGCCACAACCGGCUGGGCGGCCUGGGCGACGGCGAGGCGCUGGCGCCGCUGCGGGAGCUGCGCAAGCUGAGCCUGAGCCACAACCGGCUGGGCGCGGAGGGCGCGGCGCUGCCCGGGCGGCUGGGCGCGCUGCGGCAGCUGGAGGAGCUGGACCUGAGCUUCAACCGCCUGCGCCGCCUGCCCGAGGCGCUGGGCCGCCUGCAGCGCCUGCGCUCGCUGGACGUGGACCACAACGAGCUGCCCGCCUUCCCGGCGCCGCUGCUGGAGCUGGGCGCGCUGGAGGAGCUGGACUGCUCCGGCAACCGGCAGCUGCGCGCCCUGCCCGAGGGCAUCGCCGCCCUGCGCUGCCUGAAGAUCCUCUGGCUGAGCGGCACGGGGCUGGGCAGCCUGCCCGAGGGGCUGUGCCAGCUGGGCGCCCUGGAAAGCCUCAUGCUGGACGGCAACCAGCUGCGGGCCCUGCCCCCCGGCUUCGGCCGCCUCCAGCGCCUCAAGAUGCUGAACCUCUCCUCCAACUUGCUGGGCGAGUUCCCCGAGGCCGUGCUUGCCCUGCCCAGCCUGGAGGAGCUCUACCUGAGCCGCAACCAGCUCACCCUGCUGCCCGCCCGCCUCUGCCAGCUGCACCAGCUCCGCACCCUCUGGCUGGACAACAACCGCAUCCGCUACCUGCCCGACUCUGUUGUUCAGCUCCACAGCCUGGAGGAACUCGUGCUGCAGGGCAACCAGAUCGCCAUCCUGCCCGAGGGCUUUGGGCAGCUCUCCCGGGUCACCCUCUGGAAGAUCAAGGACAACCCGCUCAUCCAGCCCCCUUACGAGGUUUGCAUGAAGGGCAUCCCCUACAUUGCCGCUUACCAGCAGGAGUUGGCGCACUCCCAGCCUGCUCUCAAGCCCCGGCUCAAGCUGGUCCUCAUGGGCCUGAAGGAUGCUGGCAAGACCCUGCUGAGAAGGUGCCUGAUGGAGGAGGAGAGGCAGAGAGACUCCCCCCUGGCUGCAGCUGGCAAAGAUGCUGGGAGAACCCAGCAGCAACAAGACAGCACCCUGGGCCCGACUCCCGUAGGUGUUGGGAAAAUACAGCUAGGACAUAGCCCCAUUACUGAGCCCCGAGAUGCUUUGUCUUCUAAAGGCUCCUCUCUAGGAUAUGCCUCCAUUGAGCAGCAGGACCCGCUGCUGUCUCCGUCCCUUAAAGUUGCUGGAAAAAUCAAGUUAGAAUGCCAGGAUGUCUGCCUGUUUCCGUCCCCAAAAGUUAAUGGGGAAGCCCAGAUAGGACACUUCCCCAUGCUGCUGGAGCGAAAUGCCCCCCUGACACCAUUGGUAGCAGGACUUCCAGGCACCAGCCAGGGCAUCGAGGUGACAGACUGGACGGCAGAUGUAGAGAGGGGUCUGACCUUCAUUGUGUAUGAGCUGGCGGGUGACCCUAGCUAUGAUGUGAUCCAAUCCUUCUUCCUUUCGCCGGGAGCCCUGUAUGUGCUGGUGGUGAACCUGAGUGCCUACACCCCACAUUGCUUCUACUCCGCAGUGGGCUACUUCCUGCACUGGCUAGGUGCCAAAGUGCCCCAUGCUGUAGUGUGCAUGGUGGGCACCCAUGCUGACCUGUGUGCUGAGCGGGAAUUGGAGGAAAAGUGCCUGGACAUCCACCACCAAAUUGCCCUGCAGGAGAAGCGGGAUGCCGAGGGACUCCAGAGUUUGGCCCAGCAGGUGGACGAUGCCCUGGGACAGGACUUUGACCUGCGUUGCUCCAGCCCCCACACUGCCUUCUAUGGGGUUUCAGAUAAGAACCUGCGGCGCAAGAAGGCCCAGUUCCAGUAUCUGCUCAACCACCGGCCGCAGAUCCUCUCGCCGGUGCUCGCCAUCAGCUGCCAGGACCCCUGCCAGGUGCGCCGCCUGCGGGACAAGCUUCUGUCAGUAGCUGAGCACCGGGACAUCUUCCCAAACCUGCAUCGGGUGCUACCCAAGUCCUGGCAGGUGCUGGAAGAGCUGCACUUCCAGCCGCAGGCUCAGCAACUGUGGCUCAGCUGGUGGGAUUCGGCACGGCUGGGCUUGCAGGCGGGCCUGACCGAGGACCGACUCCAGAGCGCCCUGUCCUAUCUGCAUGAAAGUGGCAAGCUGCUGUACUUCGAGGAGCAUUUGACUCUGCGGGAGUAUGUAUUCCACAAUCUGCCCAGGCUCAUUGACAUCCUCAAUGUCUUCUGCCAGCAGGACACCACGGUGCUGCUCCAGAAAUUGCUCAGUGACACCCAUGUAGAUGAACUGAGAACCACCCAGCUCCACCACUACGUGGAAGGAUUCCUGCUGCAUGGGCUCCUGCCUGCCCACGUUAUCCGCCUGCUUCUUAAGCCCCAUAUUCAGAGCCGGGAGGACCUGCAGCUUAUCCUGGAGCUGCUGGAGAAAAUGGGGCUCUGCUACUGCAUCAAUAAGCCCAAAUGCAAACCCCUGAAUGGGGCUACUGCCUGGUACAAGUUCCCCUGCUAUGUGAAGAAUGAGGUGCCCCAUGCAGAGGCGUGGAUUAAUGGUACAAACCUGAGUGGACAGUCUCUUGUCAUUGAACAGUUGCAGAUUGAAUACACCUUCCCCUUCAUUUUCCCUCCUGGGUUAUUUGCACGCUACAGUGUCCAGAUUAACAGUCAUGUGGUUCAGCGGUCUGAUGGCAAAUACCAGAUUUAUGCCUACAGGGGGAAGGUACCUGUGGUGGUGAGUUACAGGCCUGCUAGGAGCACUCUGCAGCCAGAUACUCUGUCUAUUGCUAGUCACGCAUCUCUACCAAAUAUCUGGACAGCCUGGCAAGCUAUUACCCCCUUAGUGGAAGAACUGAAUGUACUGCUUCAAGAGUGGCCAGGUCUCUACUACACUGUGCACAUCCUCUGUUCCAAGUGCCUUAAAAGAGGAUCGCUGAACCCAUACGCUUUUCCAGGAGAAUUGCUGAGUCAGCCUAGACCAGAGGGAGUGAUGGAAAUAAUCUGCCCCAGAAAUGGCAGCGAGAGAGUCAAUGUCGCAUUGGUUUAUCCCCCAACCCCGACGGUCAUCAGCCCUUGUUCCAAAUGAAUGGUAAUGCUAGUGCUAAAGGUUUUACAUCGGGCAGCGUGUGAAACUGCGGUGUGGCUGAAGGAUCUGUAGUGCUACUGUCUCUCUUGGGUUUGGAGUCCUGCCUUUACGACGAGACCAGACUUUGGAACUCUGAACUAUUUGAAGUGGGAACACAGCUAAGUGUGUCUCUCCUGAGAUACCCUUGAGAACUUAAGUGUACAGUGCAAUCUGAAGGUCACUGAUGAGCAGAUGUGACAUGGAACAAUAGUCUUGCAGCAAUCAGAUGGCAGCAUUAUUGGCUGGAGAUGAAACACUGGGAUUGAAAUUCUAUGGACCCUGCUGUGCACCCUUUUGGACCUGUUGAUGAAUGUAAAAAUUUGCUCAGUACUUUUUCAUUCAGAUGUAACUGAAGAAAAGUCAGUUGAGACUUGCUGUUGUGGAGCUUCCUGGAGUUGGUUCCUUACAGAGGAAGAAACUAGUGAUUUGUUGCUGUGAUGUUAAGUGAGGAAAAGAAAAGUCCAGACUGGAAUCUCUUUCCCAGAUGGAGGACCGUUUCCUGAUAACUCAGCGUGAUCUAUGGACACACUUAACAAGAAGAGUUCAGCGUUUUCAAGGAAUAAAUGCUGUGGCUUGGUAAAGCACAACUGAGUAAACGUUUUACACCUGAACCUCAGAAUCAUGAUCAUCCUCCAAGGAAGAGCUGCUUGACAAACGAACAGUGUGAACAGCUUCUCAGGGAUUCUGUUUGCUGUACACAAAUAGCCAUAAUGUCAGGAUUGAUGGCAAUAUUUAGAGCACUCCAGUUUGGUUCUAUUUCAUGUGGACGUGGGAUCACUCAUCUGAAGUUCACUGCUGUUCAGUAACUAGUGUAGAACAAUGUGGUUUAUCUUUAUUUUUGUAAUGUGCAAAACCAUUUAAUUUUCUACAGUUUAAAGCUUCUAGCAUUAGUGACCACUGAGUGCAAUAUUCUGCUUGGGAGCCCUGCCAAAUAACCCUUGGGUUCUUGGUUUGUUGUCGAUAUGUUCAAGUAUCUAUCACUGUUCUUUUGUCCUUCACACCACAGUGUUAGCUCACCAAGUACGCUCCAGGCUAUCACUGUUGAGCAGCUCACAGGAGUGGCUGCUUCUGGGGAUGUUCUCCCCUCUCCACAGUAAGGAUAUGCUGCCUGAUGUUCAUUGUCCCUGUCUCUCUCCGCUUCCACGAAACCCAAAAGAACCCCCCAGCCUGAGGCAGAACAAGGUGGUGGCAGCCAGAAGAUGCUAGUUUGGGAAUACCCUCACUUCCAAGUGCCAUGCUUCAGCACAGCACAAUGGCAAGGAGCAGGGGGACUAGGCAUUCAAUGAAAAUAAUCUGUGGUUAAUCACAGGCCAAGCACCAGUGAGAUUGGUGUCGCUGAGCUCGUAGUGGAGGAGACCAGGGAAAGGUGGGCAGGGAAACAUUUUCAGCCUGCAUGCCCACCCCUCACUGUCAUACUGUGCUUGGGAGUUAAUGAACUGUCGCAGUCAAGCAGGGUUUUUAAACCACUUGGGUGUCAUGUACCAUGGGCCCUUGGCAGGAGGGCAGGGCACUCUGCUAUUUGAGAAUAUGUUAUGAGAGUGUAGAGCGCACUGACUGUAUCGGAGAAGAAUUUAUUUCAAUUAGUGGGGAAUUCAACCCCUUUUAAGUAGGAGGAUAAAUUCCCAGCAGCCAACAUUCUCAACCAGAGAGCACAAUUUUGUGCUCACUAACCUGUUUCCAGUCUCCAGGUUGCUGGCUGAUUUGUGUUCUGCAGAAAUAGCACAGUUCAGAAGGGCAAACCAAUAAAUCAUUUACCCUUGGAGCAACAAUGGGAGGCAGACAGCACCAUUAUUCCUUGGGGUGUGACCAGUAGCAUCUUAUAUUGCAUUUAAAAGCAGAAUCCCAGCCCUAAAGAGGUGGUUCCAGUUAAAUGAAGCUAGCAGUCACUCUGCUUGCUUCCUUUGUGUGUUGACAGAAAAUGUGCAUAACUAUAUGUACGUAAUCAGUGAGAGCAUGGAAAGGUGGGAACUCUGUCAGUGGAUAUUACUUUAUAUGUCUUGUGUAGUGAGAAAUCUGGAGUAUUCUUGCAGAACUGGAUUGUUGUUGAACCACGUACAUACCUGUUGUAACUGCAUUGACAUCUUUGGAGUUCUUACCGGAGAGGAGUUUGGCUCUGUAGCUCCAGUUUCUGCUGACUGCUUAGCCUAAGGCCAGAGUUGGGCUGCCUAGUCCCUUUUCAAUGUGCAUUGUUCUCUCCAGGUUCGGCCUUUGCUAAACGCUUUAGAACUCAGUUUUAAAUCUGAAUACAGCUGAAGUCUUAAGAAUUAAUUGGAGUUAACCAGGCGUGUCUGUACUGCAGUCUCUGAAGGCAGCUCGGGGUUUGUGCAACAGGAGUCAGAACUGAAGGAGAUGGUUUCCCUUGGGCAGUCUCCCGGUAAGGUUUUUUGGUAACUGUAAACCUUGGAAGUAAAGGCAGGUGUGUGUGUUCAGCUUCUCUGGGGACAGUGAGCAUGCUUGGUCCCUGCUAUAGUGCUUCUGGUCAAUGGGGGUCAUACCAGGGUGAAUUAUGUUUUUUUGCUGUUACCUAAAGCUGCCAAAGUGGCAAAGCCUGUGCCCAGGUGUGACAGGCGCUGUGCUGGCAGGGUGCAGGAAAUGUGUGAGAAUGGCUGAAGAAACAAACAGUUGGAAAUGCUCCUUCGCUGGGCAGGAACAUUAACCAUCUGUGCAGGAAGCUCCUUUCUGUCUCAUCACCUGGGAGUUUUGCAGCCAGACUCCCAGGGAGCUCAGCUAUUGAGACCCCCGGCUGGAUCCUGUUGGGACAGCAGCAUUGGAAGAACUGUGUCAGGCUCUUCAGGAAAAGGCCAAAGUUCUACUCCAGUAAGCACAAGAGCAACUAUUCUGCCCAGGCAAACCCCCCUCCCCCCCCCCAACCAGAAACUGCCCCUUGAGGCUGUUCUGACUUCUACUUAUGCCUCUUGUGGUAGAAAAGCCAGUUCCCAGGUUUGUGUCAAGGCACAGCCCAAGUGUUUUUCCUUCCUAAAAGGUUCACUUGCUUAUGUUAGACCUGUCCUUGUGAGUUGCACUCUUGCAAGAACAGCAAGUGGUGUUGGUGUAAAGCUGAUGGUGCAGCUACAGUUAUCCAUUAAUUUCCAUAACUGGGUAGAAAUUUACAAAUUAUUCUUGCCAAAAAGAUUGAAAAUAAAUCUGAUAUUAACUUGAAACAAGGCAUCUCUUCCCAUUCAUUUAACGCAGCUCAAAAUGUCCACCCCUUUUUUCCCCCAAAAUUGAUUUCUGGCUUUGAAGACCCAGGGCCUAGUUAUAUUUUUGAACUGUGAACAUAGAAGACUGAUGCCCACCCUGCAGAAUUGGGAUUUGGUGGUGGAGCUGAGUACUGAGUACUAAUUACUGUGGUAAAAUACAAAUUCAGACAGCUCAUAUAACUGUAAACACUUGUUCUGUAACACCACGUGUGCCCCUCUAGAGCUCCCAUAGUCCCUGUUCCCAUAUCUAAAUACUAGAGAACAUAAACUCCACCUCUUUUUGUUGCUGUUUCUCCAAAUGGCACUCACUCACUCACAGUAAGUGUAGAGAGAGUGACUACACGUACAGUGUCUAAAACUUGAGCUCUACUGAAGUAGACAUCAGAGCCACAAAAGAUGGGAGGGAUAGAUUAAUCAGCGAUGAGGUGCUCAGGCAGAGGCGACUGGUAACUGCUGAUAGUGGGAGGGCACAAUUUAAAGGUUCUGGUGUCAUGCAGCGGAGCUCAGGGCAGGUACUCGAGAUAAAGGAGUUUCGAUUUCUAGAGUUACUUUUGGUGUCAUGAUUUGCAAUACUACGUAAGAGCAGAUGGAGACAUUUCUAAAAGAGAGCUACACAUGAAGCAGUUCUGGAUUAUACUGGCAUAUUAUCAGUUUGAAGCAGUUCUCAACCCAGGGGUGCAUGUACCCUUGGGGGUAUGCAGAUGUCUUCCAGGGGGUACAUCAGCUCAUCUAGAUAUUACUGUCAGAACAAGGAGCAAUGGUCUCAAGUUGCAGUGGGGGAGGUCUCGGUUGGAUAUUAGGAAAAUCUUUUUC